AAAAAACGAAAAUCUCCUUCGUAAACAAAUUUUGAGUCACCAAAAGAAUCUAUUAGGCAUGUCUUAACAAACGUCGGUUCGGGUCGAUUCGAAUCCAAAUCGAGAAGCAGUCGACCGUUGGAAGGAGGAGCCGUCCUCUUGCCCACGCCGCUUCAAAAGCCUCUUCCCCUGGGGGAAGAGAGAGAGAGAGGAGGAGCAACUGGGCAAGCGAACUCCUCGUCUUCGUCUGCCAGGGAAGGGAUCGACCGACCGAUGGACCGCCGGCCGCCGCUCGCCGUCUCCCCGCGCCGCCUCCGCCCACGCCCGCACCGCGUCCCCCGGCCGCCCCUCGUACCAUCCUCCUCCGUGAAGACACCGCCAGGAUCGAUCAAGAAGGCGGCGACCCCGAUGCGCGCAUCCAUCUGCGUCAUCCCGUCGCCGAUCCGCCUCGAGCCGAGCCCGAUGCGCGCGUCCAUCUCGGCUCUCCCGUCGCCGAUCCGCCCCGAGCCGAGCCUGAUGCGCGCGUCCAUCUGCGCCCUCCAGCCGCCGCAGCGCUUGGAGCCGAACCCGACGCGCGCGAAGCUGGACUUCCCUGCCUCCGCGGCGCAGUCGCCCCCCGCAAGGGCGGCCGGGAAGGAGAACCUCCCCGCCGGCGUCGUCGACCACGACGAGGCGGUGGCGCUCGACCUUGCCGCGUUGGCCAGGGCGGCCACGCCGGUUCCCGGCCCGCUCUUCGUGCGGGGCAGGCUCUACGACCUCUACUCGGCGCGGCGCAACGAGCGACUCAAGCGCAAGCACGGCUUCCCCUACGCUGGCGAGUGGGAGGCGUCCGCGGAGGCGAUGGCCGAGGACCCCUGCGUCGCCGUGGAGCUGUCCAAGCGCCGAGUCGCCAAGAAGGCCGCCACCACCGGCGCCGAGUCCGUGAGGAGGUCCAUGGCUGGCCGGACCAAUGGCCUUGGGACGAGGUCCUCCCUGAGGAGCAGCAAGGAGAUGAAGAAGGCCUCCGGCACCGUAUCGGUGGUGGCCGUGAAGGAGAGGAGGGUCAACUCCAGGUCGUCGGUUCGCAGGAUCUGAUGCUGCAAUGUCACAUCUGAAUUGUGAUCUCUCGGAGGUGGUGGUGUUCUUGGCUUCUUGCUUCCUAACACUCCGGUUAGUAAUGUGGAUAUGGUGAAACUAUCCAUCUAGUAUAUGUCAGUAAGAAAUAUUGGUAGCUACUGAGUUGAGAAGAAUACUGCUGUGGAGCUUGGAAUUGUUUUGGGGGUAAUAUUUUGCCAUACACUCUGGUGAAUAAGCUGAAUCACCUGUUAGUGAGUUCAAAAUCUUUUUGUUUGGGGGUAAUAUUUUGCCGUACACUUUGGUGAAUAAGCUGAAUCACCUGUUAGUGAGUUCAAAAUCUGGUCAUAAAAAUAUGUCAUUUUAGA